AUAGAAAAACUCCCAUUGUAGCCUACGUCAGAAUUGCAAAUUGAUUUUUUUUUAUUCCUAAAGCUUCGCUAUAGUGGUAAACGAGGAGUGCAAUAUCAUUACAUCAGAAAGUAUUUAUACGACUAGCUCUACAUUUUCACCCUGCUGGUAACAUUCUACUUUGCAAGAGUUGAGUAUCAUACCUAUGCUAUAUUGCAUUACACUCUCCAUGGGUUCAGAGCUGGAUGUUGGAUAUGCGUGGGUUGUCGCCAUUGCAAGUUGGACAACAACUGUUAUAAAUGUAAUGGUAACGACAAGUGGGAUUUAUUAUCCUUAUUUGAUUGACUAUUACGAAGAAAGUGCAGCAACGGUUGGAUUCGCACUUGUACUUAUUCCUACAGUCAAAUCUCUUUUUGGUGUGUUUAUUGCAAUAAUCGCCAAAGCACUGGGCUGCCGGAUUGUUGUGAUCCUCGGAAGUUUUAUCUUGAUGUGUGGCUGUAUUUUAAUGGCAUACUCAACGAGUAUUACUGCGGUUUUCCUGGCUUGUAGCCUUAUUGGUAUUGGAAUAUGUGUAAAUUAUUUCGUAGCUUACUUCAUCAUAGAUGUUUAUUUUAAAAAAUAUUUUACUUUAGUGAUAUCUAUAAAAGCAGCAAUAAACGGUGCAGCGCUGAUGAUGGCACCGUAUGUCAAUCGGAUGUUCGUUAUCAAUUUUGGAUGGCAACAUUCAUAUCUCCUUCUCUCAGCAAUUUCGUACCAUCUGGUUCUGUGCGGAGUGAUAUACAGAGCACCAAAAAUAAGUUCUAAUGAAGAAUCUGAAGAACUUUCUCUUCUGGUGGUGGAGCAAGAAAAUAAUUCUCUCCAGCCUGAUUUACAAAUCACUCCAACAGAUGAAAAAAGGUGUUCUAGUUGGUUGGGGUACAUUUACGAAAUAUGUCAUUUGCGUUUGUUCAAAAGCAACGCGUUUGUUGUUCUUGUUUUCGUUUCAUUAUUACAUGGAGCAGUUGAGGAAGGUGUUGUGAUGAUUAUACCGGAUGAUAUGCUGGAGCGAGGCUCCACUCUACGCGCUAGUCAGCUAACUUUAACAGUUUACGGAGCAAGUAGUCUCAUUGGAAGACCUGUUCACUAUCUUUUUAGCAAAUUUAUUUCAAAUGAUUUAUUUAUCCAUCUAGCAACUAUCUAUUUUCUUGCGUUUCUGGCUUUACUAAUCUGCGUUACAACAGUAGAUGAUGACGCUAUUUAUGUGGCGAUGGUUUUCAUUGGGUUUUCUGUCGGUUGGUUUAGUGCAAUCCAACCACUUAUAGUGAAAUCUGUGGCAAAUGAUUUCUUCUUUGGAUUUGCUUGGGUUGAUCUUUUAUACGGCGUUGGUGCAUGCAUUGGAAUUAUAUUUCUUGGCUGUCUUCGUGACAAAGUCGGGAAUUUUUGGUUAUCCCAGUUUUCAUUGUUAUGUCUGGCGAUAAUUAAUACAGUCCUACUUUUUGGUUUCGUUGUGUAUAGAAAGAUGAAAAAAACAUGCUGAGAUAUUUUAUUUUUUGGUAGAUUUUCCGUCGAUACUACGAUGGAGCUGGACUUAACAAGACUGCUUGAUUUGAACAAGACGUCCCUUCAUAUCAUAUUUGUGAAAAUAGCUAUAACUGAUAUUGAAUUUAGAAUGGUCGUGACCAGAAUAACUCUGACUUUAGAUAUAGAAUAAUUGAAAUAAUGUUAAUUAUAGAAAGUAGACAUACGGUAUUGCCUAGCGUCCUGGUUCUUAAUAGGCGGUCCGGGCUUCGCGGGUUUACUUCCUGCUUCAAAGCAUACUUCGUUGGUAGGGCGGAUCACUUGUUCUCUACAACAUGGUCUUUCUUCAGAUGUUCUUCGCCGACGCUUGAUCGGGACCGGCUCGACCAGAUUUAACAGUGUUUGGACGUUUUGUGACGACGUUGGUAAAUGUGUUUGAAUGAAAUUAAGAUUUUAUUUGUUUUGUUGUGAUGAUUUAUCCUACAAUAAAAUAAAAUGCAGGCUUAAGCCUA